AUGGAGACCAGAAUAGUACGAGUUGCUCCUAGCAAGGGGCAGCUCCUUGGGCGGUUUGACUCAUCAGAUGGCGCUUCAAAGCUCGAAGAGUGGCACAUCUCCCCAGACGCCGGAGAAGCCAUCACGGUUCUCAGAGAUACGGCCAAGUAUCUGCGAACCAGCGACACACCCGUAGCUUUCCCUACGGAGACAGUUUAUGGCCUUGGCGCGGAUGCGACUCGAAGUGGCGCUGUAAAGGGCAUCUAUUCUGCCAAGGGCAGACCUUCGGACAACCCGCUCAUCAUCCAUAUUUCAGAUUUGCACAUGUUGCGUGAGCUUUUGGGGAGGCAGAAGGAUGACCAAGAUGCGAUUCCAAGCAAGUAUAACGUCCUGAUCGAGCGGUUCUGGCCCGGUCCUCUGACGAUAUUGCUGCCUAACCCGCAGCCUUCGAAGCUGGCGCCCGAGGUCACUGCUGGACUCGAGACUUUUGGUGCGAGAAUGCCGUCUUCGCCUUUGGCUUUGAGUCUCAUCAAACUUGCUGGAGUGCCCCUGGCUGCUCCCUCUGCAAAUGCUUCUACUAAGCCAUCACCCACGGCAGCCCAGCAUGUCAAGGACGACUUGGAUGGGAGGAUUGAGAUUAUCCUGGAUGGAGGGCCCUGCCAAGUUGGCGUUGAGAGUACUGUCGUGGAUGGCCUCUGCGAGCCUCCGGUGGUGCUGCGGCCAGGAGGCAUAAGCUUGGAAGAGCUUCGGAGCUGCCCUGGCUGGGAGAACGUCGCCAAGGCCUACAAGGAUCAAAGCGAGGAGGGGAAAUCGGCGCCGAGAGCACCGGGAAUGAAGUACAAGCAUUAUAGCCCCAAGGCGAGAGUGGUGCUCUACGAGUCUACGUACAAGGCUGGCGCUGAGGGUGUUUUGGCAUCAGACUUUGACACUGCCAGCGCCACCUUGAAUGGUGAUGCGGAAAAGACAAACGGCCAUUCGGCAAGGAGGAUAGGCAUCAUCCGGACACAGCGAUGGAAGUCAGGAGCUGGCCUCCAGUGUGGCCCUUUACAACCUGCUCCCAUCAACCAGGAUAACCAUGACGAGGAAUAUCUCAACCCCGCGUAUUCGGUAUACAAGGGGGAUCUCAAGAAUGGCCAGGGCCAGGUCAUCGGCGAGCUAUUCGAUAUAGAUCUUGGGCAGGACGCUAAGAGAAUAGCUCAAGGGCUAUUCUCAGCUUUGCGAGAAUUGGACCGUCGGAAUAUAGAUACGAUUUUUGUCGACGGCAUAGAAAACGAACUGGACAUUGCCGCUGCUGUUAUGAAUCGCCUUCGAAAGGCAGCAUCGGAGAUAAGGUCAUGA